GUUUUAUGAAUGAAGUAUGGUACAAUUUUGGAUGGAAACUAGACCUAUUUCCCUAGAAAAUGUUUAGCAUUACUAGCCAUGUGCUGCGCUGGAUGGAACACCCUAUCGCAGAGUUGGCUCCUCUCUGCUGGACAAACAAUUCGCGCAGCUCAAGAUCUUGGUCUCCAUCUAUCGCCGAGACGACUACAAUUAUCUGAAAUUGAAAAAGAGCAGAGAAGGAGAAUUUGGUGGUGUGUGUACGGUUUAGAUAGGGUUCUUUCUAUCUCUCUCGGGCGCCCCGGAGCCACAAACGAAGAUGGUUGCGACGUUGAAUACUCCUCCCAAGUUGACGAUGACGACCUCGAAGCAUAUUGCAGAGGUAAAAUCAAGGAAUCACAAACGUCAUAUAUGUGCGGUUUCGUCGCGUUGCUUAAGAUCUACGUCGUUGCUGGGAAAAUUGUUCGCUCUGCACAUUCUUUGCAACUCUUACGAGAUAUGAGGAAAACAAAAGCCCAGAUACCUCAGGUCAUACAGCACCUGGAUGUUAUGCUGGAGGAUUGGGUCGAGUCUCUACCUUCGAACGUUAAAUAUGCUGCGAAUGAUGCAGGGAACCCUAAAAUACUCACGCUGUGUUUGAUCGCUUUCUUCGUAUAUUACUCUGCAACUAUUAAUCUCCGUGAGUGUAUGGAUCUUCCGUGGGCUGUCUUAUGAAGCUCAGGUCUACAGAUCGACCGUUCAUUCCUUACCCGAAAGAGGUCCAUCCGACUAGCGAAGCCUCGCUGCCGAAGUGC